UUCGCUUGGGGCGAAGCUUAGGGCGUUUUUGUCUGAAUUCAGAUUAUUGGCCUUGGAAUAAUUUAAGAGAUCUGCGUUGUCAUGGUGAGACGAUUUUCGCUUCAAGGUUUUGCUCCUAGUCCCACCUUCUCCAUUGCUUUGCUGUGCUUCACACUUUAAGGAUUUUGAUUUGUGGGUUUGCGUUGGGUGAUAUAUGAGUGUUGUGUAACUUUGUUUAUUUAAUUUUGAUAAAGAUGGAGCAGAAGGAGUGAAGACGAUAGUUAUGUCCAUUUUUCUGUGACAAAUAGUCGUGGUAUUCUCAAUCAGCCAUAAGCAUAGACAAACAGAGCAAGACAAAACCAUGAAUUUCAAGUCGGAAGAAAGGCAAAACCUUUUGUCAAGGCUGCUGGAUGCUGUAAAGCAGUGUCAAAUCAGGUUUGGUGGUAAGCGGGAGCUGGCCACUGACAUGGACCCGCGCAUCUGCUGCCUGUGCCAGCAGCUGGAGGCUGUCCUGCAGCAUGGCCUGCGACAGCCCGAGGCCAGCAACACCCCAUUCAGACAGAUGCGUGAUGCCAUUGCUCAGAACUUUAGCAUAAACCUGAGUGGAGCGCCGCCGGAACCCCCGGUGUUCUGGCACUACGUGCGGCUGCACCUGACCCGGCACGAGUACGAGCGCUACCUGCUGCUGGUCAACAUCCACUCGGACGCUGGCCGCGGCCGCGCCUGGCUCCGCUCGGCGCUCAACGAGAGCUCGCUCGAACGGUACCUUCACGCACUGAUCGGCGACCGAGAGGGUAUGGCUCGCUUCUACGAGCCGUGGGCGGUGCUGGCUGACCCCGAGAAGAACGCCAUGCUGCCCAACAUCGCUGCCGGUCUGAGCUCGGUGCUGUUUGCCAUCAGCAUAGACCGCCAGGAGCUGAACGGUGCGGCCCGGCCGCGGCCGCGACCGCCCGACCUGAGCGCGGCGCCGCCCAGCCGAGAGCCUGAGGCCGUGGUCAAGGCCCAGUCUGUCGAUGUGCGCGCGGCGCGGCCGGGCGGCCGCCGCCGGCGCCGGCGUGUGCAGGCCCAGGUGGUGUCGCUGGACGGCGAUGACGCCGGCUCGGUGGCGUCGCCCAGCUGGCGGUCGGCGCCGGCCACGUGCGUCUCGUCCCCGGCGCCGGCCGGCGGCCGACACGCCUUCUCGUUCGACGGCGCCGGCGGCGAGCACGACGGCAGCAGCCGCUCGGAGCACUCGCUGCCGGACGCCAGCAGCGGCGAGGACGGCACCAGGUCGGAGGAGGCCGGCCCGGAGGCGCCCCAGCAACUGCGGCCGUGCGGCGGCGAGGCCGGUGACGCGGCGUCUCUGACGCUGCAGCUGGACGCAGUCAGUGACCGGUUCAGCGCGUCCAACGGCGAGCCGGCGCUCCCGCAGCCGGGCGCGCUCUGUAACGGCCUGGCCAGCUCGGCCGACUCUGCCGAUGACGUCAGAGACCUACUGGAGGCGGCGCCCUCUGUGUCCAGUGGGGUCGGCGACCACGGCACGCUACCUCCCGGAGAGAGUAGCACGACCGCCUCCCUGUCAGAGAGGGAGCUGCGGGAGGCGCUGGUGGCUGUCAGCGGUCAGAAGGCCACGCUCAGCGAGCAGGUGACGGAGCUCCGCGCCGAGCUCGACUCGGUCCGACAGCAGCGGGACGCACUCAGGGAGGCGGCAGAGGCCAGCAGCGCCGUCUGGGAGGAGAAACUGGCUGUCCUGGAGAGCAAGCGGCUCACCUCAGAGAGGGAGAACGGCAUCCUGAAGCACCAGCUGAAGAACUACGUGAGCGCGGUGCAGCAGCUGCGGCACGGCUCGCCGCACCAGAUCCUGGAGGAGCUGCAGCGCGAGCAGCGCUCCUCGGAGGAGCAGGCGCUCCAGCGGUACGACGACUACCACGCCGAGGCGGAGGCCUACCAGCGCAAACUCAUACAGGUGGCCGAGAUGCACGGCGAGCUGAUGGAGUUCAAUGAGCGGCUGCAGCGCCGGCUGGGCCGCCGGGAGCGGCAGCUGGCCGCGCUGCGGACCGAACUGGCCGAGUGCGGCCUCAGCGGGGCCGCCUCUGACACCUCCGGCUCCGAGGGGGCGCCUGACACCGGGGAAGACGAGCCGCCGCCGCCGCCGCCGCCCCGCGUCCACUGCUGGAUCCCGGCCGCCUUCCUCAGCGGCUCCGGCAACGGCGCUCACCACGUCUACCAGGUUUAUAUUCGGAUACGUGAUGAAGAGUGGAAUGUAUAUCACAGAUAUUCCAGUUUUUACCUUUUAUACAACAAAUUGAAGAAGGAAUUCAGUGAAGUGAGACAAUUCGAUUUUCCGCCGAAGAAAACGUUAAACAAAAAGGACGGUCGGCUGGUCGAGGAGCGCCGCCGGAAGCUGCAGGAGUUCCUGCGCUGUGUGACGCGCGCGCUGCUCGCCGGCCGGGCCGAGCUGGCGCGCGCGCCCUGCCGCGCCGCGCUGGUCGCCGAGGAGCCGUUCUUCGGCCGCAGCGGCGCCGCCGGCGAGCAGGGCGGCGCGGCGGCCGGCGGACGGCUGAGUAUGUUCAGCCGGUCGGCGGCGCCGGCGGCCGGCCCGGCGCGGCCCCGCUACACCGGACUGUGAGCCGGUCUCCGCGGCCCGGAGGUCAGGUCAGGUCAGUCCCGCCGACCGGGUGUGUUGGCGGCGCGCCGGUCGGCACGGCCCGUGCGGUGACGACUGCUGCGGGUGUGGACACUGGACACUGCGGGUUGUAAUCUCCUGCUUGGAGUGAAACAUCAGGCGGGGGGCUGUGGUGAAAUGUCUUGGACGGUACCUGUAAUAGUCGGAUGGGUGAGCUUUAGGCGUUACUGAGGGGGCAGAGGGACCGAGGGCUAAACCGGUAACGGGUCCCUUUGCCUUGACCCGGCGGCGGAUUCGUGCUCUGAAGGAGAGUCUAAACGUUCCAUAGUAGGUUUGCCGUCGGAAAUCAUUGGGACCUAGCGGCCGAAUCUCGUCUGUCUGUUGAUUCUGUGACAACUGGCGGCGUAGAGUCGCGGGCGGGGAGUCGGUCCGGCCCGGCCGCGGGUCGGGCGUUGGCUGUGAUGACUGCGAGCCGCGGUGGCCGCCGCACCGGCCGGCCUCGCGCCGGGCGCAGUCUCCGCUGAAUGCUUCCAUACGCCGGACGCCUUUGUCGCGGGUGAGGGCUGCUGCAGCUCG